AUUCUCACCCUCCACUGAGGGUCAGUGCAUUGGGAACCCCCUCCGCCCCAGGCUUUCGCCAGUCCAGGGCCUGGGAGCCCACUGUGCCCACCCUGUUUCCAUGACCGUGCUGAGAGUUUCCAGCAUGGGCCAGGGGCCCGGGACAGGCCAGCACCAGGAGCCAGGCAGCGGCCAGCUCACCUUAAGCUGGGGAGGAUGCUGGGCGGCCGAGCAUGGGGCUGUGGACCCGGGGCUGCCCCGUGAAAGCACCAUCUGGCCCCAGGGCAGGCGGUGACGGAGGCUCAGCAGCUCUGCCUUCACUCCCGGCCCUGCUGCCAUGUCCGCCUCAGUCAUGGUGAUGCUUCCCGCCUGCCAGGGGGACAUGAUCCAGCCCCACCCUAAAGAGAGCCAGAGGCAGUGCCCCGUCUCCCUCGGGGCCCCGGGGGGACCGGCGUUCCGGAGGGCCAGCACCAAGUCCGGCCGUGUUUGUGCCGACUUAGGUUGUGUCUGCCUCUCUCCCCCAAGGGAAGGCAGGCUCUGUCCACUGGUGGCCGAAGAUGAUGCCAUGGCGGCCGUGAGGUGGCCCGAGUGCCCCCGGGAGGCAGGCGCCCUGCGGGGAUCUCCCCCCACAGCCUGGUCUGACUACACUGAGGAGCCUGGCCAACGGAGGCAGGCCUGCAGCGUCCCCAUGUGGUUGACCGACGAGGAGGCCAAGGAUGGGGACAGCUCUGUGUCGUCGGGCCGCCUCUCCGGCUCCUCGGGGGGCCACGACUCGUGCACCCCGCCCCACAGGACUUGGACCGAGAGGGCCCCCCAGGUGCCGAGGCCCCUGCGGCAGCCGAGAGAGAGCAACCCCCGACUGGAGCAGCUGAGGGACAAGAUCCGGGCCCAGGCCCAGCGGCAGGCGAGCUGUGCUUCGCUGGGCACCUCGACACCCUCCAGCGCCUCACACCUCAACAAGGCCCCCACGCCAGCGCCCCGGAGGAAGGCCCGAAAGCCACCAAACCCCGCUCCAGCCCCAGCCUACCCAGGCAUCCUGAGUGGGACUGAAAGUGGAGUCGAAGAGAAGGCGACCCCCGGCCAGGGGCGUGAGACCUCCCGGGUCUCCCAGCACCAGGCCUCAGUUGCACAGGAUAAAACCAAAAGGAUGAAAAGUAGUUCUUGCAAAACAGAGAAGGCCCCCAAGCCGCCUGCCCCUAGGAGAGCUGCCAAAGACACAGAUUCUGAGUUGGUUGGUGUUCAUGCCUGGAGGAAAGGACAAGCUCUGGUGAGGGUGCUGCUGGGGCCCCCACCUGCCCUCCCCAGGCUCCAGAGCAAGGCCCCCUCGAGAGACCAGGCCCCCGUCGCAGAGUUAGAUCACAGCAAGAAGGUUGGAGCCCCCAAGAGCUCCCCUGUCCACCCCCAGAUGCCAAGUCCAGCCUCCAUCCGCAGUGACCCGCAGAUGCCUGCAGCCAACGUACCCACCCUGGCUUCCCGUGAUCCACCCGUGAACGUCCAGGCUGCUAUGGCGGUCCUUCGAGACCUCCGCCAGCAAAUCCAGGCCCGGCUGGAGCUGGCCCGGUCCCGCCACCCGAGCCGAAGGCUGGAGCUGCACAGCCUGGCAGGGAGGAGGCAGCCAAGCUCCUGGAAACCCCCAGACAUCCAGGGCUCCUUCUGGAAGAGCCCUGAAGCCCCGAUGGACGGGCUGCCCACUUCCGAGAGGGCUGGGAGCCUCCCUACCACACGGCGCUGGAGCCCCGUGGCAGAGUGGGAGUCCUAUCCACACAGGAACUGGGCAGCUCCAGGAUGGGACACCUCUUUCCAGAGAUGCGUGAGCCCCACCGAAGGGCUGAACUCCUUCCCCCAGCGGCCCUGGAGCGCCUCGGCCAGGCAGGCCUCCUGCCCACCGAAGACCUGGGCGUUCCAAGGACGAGACCCCACCUUCCAGAGGCCUGGGAGCCCCCCCGAAAGGUGGGUCCCCAUCCUGCAGCGGUCCUGGAGCGCCUCAGCCGGGCAGGCCUGGGGUCCGCAGAGGGCCUGGACCGCUUCUGAAGACCUGGCGACCUCCGCCCCGAGGCCAUGGAGCCCUCUGGAAAGGCCGAGCCAACUCACUUGGCGGCCUUGGAGUGCCUCCUUCACGCAGGGGCCCAGCCCCCUGUAUCAGGGCAGGGGUCCCCUGCGGACCUCUUCGGGGGCCAAGCUCACCUGGCCGAGGCCCAGCCAGGGUGCCCUUUGGAAUGCGCCUGAGAAGGAGAAUGAGGUGCGGCCACCUCGGUCCUGCCCCAAGCCUCGGGGGGCCCUGGGCCCCCUCCAUGGCUCCGAGUCCCUGCGUGAGUUCAUGCGCCAGAAGACUGUGGCCUGGCGACGGCAGGCCCUAGAGGAGAAGGCCUCGGCCAUGCGCUCGCUGGAGCUCAGAAACCAGAGGCUGCAGGACGCCCACAGGAAGCAGAGGGAGGCCGUGCUGGGCAGAGCCGUCCCUGUGGUCUCCCAGACAACCCCCGGCAUCGUGACCUUCGUCCCGCACGAGGCACAGUCCAGGGACCUGGAAGCGGCCACCGGGCCGAGGGUGCCGGUGCUGCAGUGGAGCAAGGUGACUUCCGGCAUGGUGCUGGGGGACCAGGAGGCCCCAGGCAGCUUCUGCCUGUGUUUGAACAGAGCCUUGAACCCCACCAAGACUCUGGAGGUGGGAGGCCCCCAAGAUGGCUGGGAGGGCGCGCCCCUGCUGAUGCCAGCCAGCUCCUCCCUGGGGCCCCUGAAGUUCCAGGACCUGAGCACGCACUGCCGGAACCCGGGGCUCUGCAUAUACCUGGACCCUGAGGAGUCGGAGCGCCUGGGCAUGCCGGGCCCCCUGCACUUCCGGUACAAGCAGGCCCGGCUGCAGGCCCUGGAGACCAUGGCCAACAUCCUGAAGCAGCGGAUCGACGUCCUGACGGACAAGCUGCGCCGCUCCGAGGCAAUGGAUGCACUGGUAGGGCCUGGCCCGGGGCCGCUGCCCUCCGACGCCAGCACGCCGGCCCGCCCCAGAGCCCUAGUGCCCAACGUGGGCCCAGGGGCGCCCUGGGACUGGGCAGGGCUGCGGGCCAGGCCGCUUCUCUCCACCACCGGCUUCCGGGACACAGAGACGGCGCGCUGGAGCCCUGGCUGGGAGCGGCCGCAGAGCGCGAGCCCCAGGGCCCGCCACGCCAGUGAGCCCAUAGGUUUCACGGACAAUGGACGCUCUGAGCUGGAUGGGAGGCUGGCAAGAAACGUGGCUUCUUUCCAGGCCCUCAGCCCCUUCGCAGGGAGCUUCUGCCUGUGUUUGAACAGAGCCUUGAACCCCACCAAGACUCUGGAGGUGGGAGGCCCCCAAGAUGGCUGGGAGGGCGCGCCCCUGCUGAUGCCAGCCAGCUCCUCCCUGGGGCCCCUGAAGUUCCAGGACCUGAGCACGCACUGCCGGAACCCGGGGCUCUGCAUAUACCUGGACCCUGAGGAGUCGGAGCGCCUGGGCAUGCCGGGCCCCCUGCACUUCCGGUACAAGCAGGCCCGGCUGCAGGCCCUGGAGACCAUGGCCAACAUCCUGAAGCAGCGGAUCGACGUCCUGACGGACAAGCUGCGCCGCUCUGAGGCAAUGGAUGCACUGGUAGGGCCUGGCCCGGGGCCGCUGCCCUCCGACGCCAGCACGCCGGCCCGCCCCAGAGCCCUAGUGCCCAACGUGGGCCCAGGGGCGCCCUGGGACUGGGCAGGGCUGCGGGCCAGGCCGCUUCUCUCCACCACCGGCUUCCGGGACACAGAGACGGCGCGCUGGAGCCCUGGCUGGGAGCGGCCGCAGAGCGCGAGCCCCAGGGCCCGCCACGCCAGUGAGCCCAUAGGUUUCACGGACAAUGGACGCUCUGAGCUGGAUGGGAGGCUGGCAAGAAACGUGGCUUCUUUCCAGGCCCUCAGCCCCUUCGCAGGGAGCUCACUCGGGGUGCCGGCCACGCCAGACCCCCGCGGCGGCUCCCUGCGGCUGGAAGAGACGCGCUCGGCCAGAGGGGCAGGCUUGGUCGCGCCCUGGACCCUCCGGAGCUGUGGUAAGGGCAAGCCUGUGCAUAGGACCUGGGCUAGCUGGUCGGGUGGCCAGGGAGGUCCUCUGGGGACCCCCUCCACUGCCUGAUGCUCAGCGAGCCUCUGGGUGUAGAGAGGUCCUUUCUUAUGUGGAGCGUAUCCACGCAUCAGUAUUAAAGCUUUUUGGAGGCUUUCGGGGCCCAGCUGCUUGCUCUGUGCUCCUGCCACGCCUCUGUCCUGACUUCACCCUUGCCCUCACGAGGGUCGAAGGCUUGCUUCAUCCACAGCUCUGCUCCCGGGGCCCAGCCUUCUGCCUUCUCUUCUGCUGCCAGAGGGUUUUCGUUUCUGGUUACAGUUGAGACUUGCCCAGAACCCCGGAGCUGGUGCAUAGCUGGGGCCGUGGGGGUGAGGCGCCGGCUGGGUACCCUCCUGGGUUCAGACCUUUAUGCUGGCAGCGUGCAGAGUGGAGCAU